CUUUCUUCUCAUAUAUGUUUGAUUUAGAGUUCACCAUCGACUAUAAAUCGCAAGCCUACCUUGAUAUAUUCGUGCACUACUCCUUAUACGCCGCUGCUGUACUUUCAUUUUUGAUUGGAUACGUGUGUCAGAACUUAGUCGUUUCGUUAUACGUAUUUGCCGGUUUCAUUAUCUGUAUCUGUGUUAUUGCUUUACCAAGUUAUCCCUCCUACAACAAAAACAGAGUCAACUUCCUAGAUGUCUCAUACUUACAGUGAUUCCAAGGAAUUGUACUUGGGGUUCGAUUUGUCCACUCAGCAGUUGAAAAUUAUUGUCACCAAUGAAAGCUUACAAGUGGUGAAGUUGUACAGUGUUGAAUUAGAUCAUUUCAAAGACGUGUACCAUGUGCACAAGGGAGUGGUUUCUGACGAGACGACGGGUGAGAUCGUGUCUCCCGUGGCGAUGUGGUUGGAUGCCAUUGACUACGUAUUUGCUGAAAUGAAGGCAGAUAGCUUUCCUUUUGAAUUGGUCAAAGGUAUCAGCGGGUCUGCUCAGCAGCAUGGAUCGGUGUACUGGUCCCAAAGAGCAUCGGAAUUAUUGGCCAGUUUGAAGCCUUCUACUUUGUUAUCUGAGCAACUUGUUGAUGCGUUCUCGUACCCAAUGUCUCCUAAUUGGCAGGACCAUUCCACCGGCCAUGAGCUCGAAUUGUUCGAACAGGUGGCCGGAGGGGCGGAUGAGUUGGCCAAGAUCACUGGUUCAAGAGCCCAUUACCGGUUUACAGGUUUACAAAUUAGAAAGAUCGCUACUAGAAAGGAUCCUAAAAUUUACGCCAGUACUUCCCGAAUCUCGUUGGUUUCAAGUUUUGUCACCAGCGUGUUGUUGGGAAAGAUUGUUAAUAUCGAAGAGGCAGAUGGCUGUGGAAUGAACUUGUACAAUCUCAAUACCAAUGACUAUAACGAUGAGCUUUUGAGUUUAGCUGCAGGUGUCCACCCCAAAGUUGACAAGUGUUCUGAAGAAGUAACCCAGGCUGGAAUAGCUGAAUUGCGCAGAAAAUUGGGCCCGAUAAACCCUAUAACCUACAAAGCCGAUGGUGUGAUUUCUUCGUAUUUCACGGAAAAGUAUGGCUUCAACUCAAAUUGUAAGAUCUACUCCUUCACUGGUGACAACUUAGCCACCAUUAUCUCAUUGCCUUUGAAUCCGAAUGAUAUUUUAGUGUCCUUGGGCACAUCAACCACGGUUUUGUUGAUCACCAAGAACUAUAAUCCUUCUUCGCAGUACCAUUUAUUCAAGCACCCUACUAUUCCAGAGCACUACAUGGGUAUGAUUUGUUAUUGUAAUGGGUCUUUAGCAAGGGAAAGAAUCAGAGACGCAAUCAACGAUAAGUACGGAGUACCGGAUAAGAAAUCAUGGGAUAAGUUUAAUGAGCUUUUAGAUGGGUCCAAGUCGUUCAAUAACAAAUUGGGUGUUUACUUCCCAUUGGGAGAAAUUGUCCCUAAUGCGUCUGCUCAGUUCAAGCGAUGCUUGUUGAACAACAACGACCAAAUCAUUGAUGCAAGUGAAUCGAACUGGACUGUUGAUGAUGAUGCCAGUUCUAUUGUUGAAUCCCAAACCUUAAGUUGCAGGUUGAGAACUGGGCCUAUGUUGGCCAACUCGGGAGAUAGUGAAAGUUCCACCCCAACUCCCUUGGAGAACCACCUACACGACAUCUACAAAAGGACUUACGAAAAGUUUGGUGACUUGUACACCGAUGGAAAGAAGCAGAAUUAUAACUCACUUACAGCCCGUCCCAAUAAUAUCUUUUAUGUUGGAGGUGCGUCUAAUAACACUUCGAUUAUUAGGAAAAUGGGAAGUAUUCUUGGUGCUAACAACAAGAACUAUAAGGUCGAAAUUCCCAACGCUUGUGCAUUAGGAGGAGCGUUUAAGGCUAGCUGGAGUUUGUUCUGUGAAAAUAAGAGUGAAUUAGUAGACUUUAAUGAGUAUUUGAACGGCAAGUUUAACUUCAACGAAUUGGAGCCAUUUGACGUGGAAAACUCCUGGGAAGAUUAUUUUACCGGAGCGGCUAUGUUGGCAAAAAUGGAAGAUGGUUUGAAACAUGUAUAGUUCUAUAGAAACAUACACACUAGCAAAA